UCUCUCUCUCCAUUCAUCUCGAAACUGAAAAGUCCAGUCAUCUUUAAUCUUUAACAAUAAAAAAUUUCCAAUCUUAAAUCAAAUUAAAUCUCAACCGUCCAUUAUUUCAUCCUACGUUUCUCCUAAGUCGGCUAGUGGUUAUUCUGUCUAUGGUUUCUCUUCCUCCCCAUAAACCCUAAUUUGAUUUUUGGUACUCUCAGUCCCCUUUUGCUUCCGCUUCUCAAACCCUUCAACUUCCUCCAUUAUUUCUCACAAUUAAUCCGUGAAUCUAAUAAAUUGUCAUCGAUCCAUUAUUUCCCCAAAAAAUCUCACCAAACCCUUCUAUUUUUCUCGAUCCCAUCUGAAAUAUUCGUCCCCUUUUACAAGAAUAUAUAUAUUUGUAAUUUUAUUUAUUCCAUCUCUUUUUUCUUGAAUUAAUUUUUGUGGGUUUGAGUUAUUAUGAUCUGGGUUAUACCUGAUUAUUAUUUCUUUUAAUUUAUUUUCUUAAUUUUCUGGGUUUUUUUUUUGAAAACUGACUGAAGUAGUUUGGGUUGGUAUAUGACUAUGUGGUAAAGCGUCAGAAUCGCUGGAAAUUGAGUCAAUUUGAAAACUCAGUGAGUUAACCCGGUUAGUAGUUAAGAAUCUGGCGCCGAUGCCGUCGGUAGAGAUGCGACGUUCAACGAGAAUAUUUGUUCCGAAAGCUAAAGACGGCGAGAUGGGUCGAGUUUUACGUUCGGGUCGUCGUUUAUGGGUGGAAUCUACUGAUGUUAAACAUAAGGGGGGUAAAAAUGGGGAUGAAUGGUAUCCAUUAAUUUCUUCCGACACUAACAAGUGCAAGAAACAAAAGAUCAAUGGCUGGAAUGACGAUCCAAUCGACGUUGAUGAAACAAAACCCGUCAAAGAAAUUGAUUUCAAAGACGAGAAUGAGAUUAAUGAUGGACGUAAGACGAUUAAGAAUGUGUAUAUUAGGAAAAGAAAGCGUUUUGAUGAUGGAAGAAAGUCGGAAUCACAUCAAAAUGAUUCUGAAAAUAAGAAAUUUGGUUUGCAUUUUGUUAGAAAAAGAAGUAGAAAUUGGGGUGUUUCUUCUCAUCAAAAGGGAUUGGAUUAUGAUAAAUUUGAACAAGAUUUGUUAUUGGUUGUUGUUGAAUCUUCUUGUGUUGGAUUUAGCUUGUUUUCAAGUGUUUUAAGUUCAAUUCUUAGGUACAUCAGUAAAGACAGAAUUGAAUUAGCUGAGCUUUUCACAUAUUUGGUUUCGAUUCCGAUUUCGCCUCUGUUUUCUUCUUCAGGGAUUCAGUUUUUGUUGAAUCGACCGCCUAUCGAAAGAAAAGGUGUAUGCUGGAUUUUUGGGGUGAAACAGUUUGUAGCAAUGUUUAAAGUCGAUUUUUCAGCUAUUCCCAGGUGUUUUCAGCAACUACAUUCUGCGUUGUUCAUUAGGUCGGUGCGCCUGUCUUAUUUAUGGUUGAUCGAUUUCGAAAGAAAAAAUGAUAGUACUGAUGAACCCCUUCCAUGCAUCAAUGACCAGAGUGAUGAGAGCCCCGUCAGUAGAGUAGCAGCUCAUGCCGCUGCUGAUUGCAAGGUUGUGAAGGUUGCAAGUUCCUCUAAGGAAGCAGGAAAAACAUGCAGCCGAUAUGCACAGCCUACUAGGGUUGGGGUUCUUACACGGAGUGCUGCAAAGAGGCGGAGGAGGUCAUCGAGGAGUCGUAGGACUAAAUAUCCCUUGCCUUUUGUCCCGCAUAAAUCGUCUUGGUCACCUGUACCCAUUCGUGUACCAAAGAAAAAUGUCCUAGCUUUACCUUCAAUUCCUAAGCAGGACCCGAAAAGAUCUAGGAAGAGUUCUUUGAAUGAGAUUGUGGAAAAUCCUAGCUCAUCGGGCAUGAAUGUAGACAUUGACGCUCAAUGUUGUUCUACAAAUAUCCUCGUAGUAGAAACCGACAAGUGUUACAGAGUCGAGGGAGCUGAGGUCACAUUGGAUGUUUCAGCUUCAAACGAGUGGCUUCUAGUGGUUAAGAAAGAGGGUUUGGUUAAGCAUUCCUUUAAGGUCCAGAGAGAAAUGAGACCGGGUACAACCAAUCGUUACACACACGCCGUAAUCUGGACAGGUGAAAAUGGGUGGAAACUUGAGUUCCCUGAUCGUAACGAGUGGGUAGUAUUCAAGGAGCUAUACAAAGUGUGUGGGGAGCGAAACAUUGUACCGACGUCCCCUGUCGUUAAAAUUAUUCCCGUACCUGGUGUCUGUGAAGUGACGAAUUUGUGGGAUUCCCCCGGGGCUUUUCAGAGACCAGAAUCAUACAUUAGAACGACUAGUGAUGAACUGUCCAGGACAUUGUCGAAGAGGACAGCGAACUAUGAUAUGGAUUCUGAGGAUGAGGAGUGGCUUAGCAAGUUUAAUAGCGAGUUGGAUGCAUCAAAUCAUGUUUCCGAUGAAAACUUUGAAUCGAUAAUCGAUGCAUUUGAGAAGGCUUCCUACUUUAACCAGGAGGAGGCCAACGACGAAAAGACGGCUGCUAAUUUGUGUAUGGAUGUCGCUAGUGUCGAAGCAGCUGUGCCCGUUUACAGAUAUUGGUCGAAGAAGAGGAAGCUGAAACGGUUCCCGCUGAUCAAGGUAUUUAAGCUAAACCAACCAGCAAAACCACAUAUGUUCCCGAAACCUGUGCUACGCAAGAAGAGAUCGCUGAAGCGUCCAACCAUUCAGCCUAACCAACGACAACAAGGGCGUGGCAAAAAUAGUACCGUUCUUCAAGCGAUCCUUAAAGUACAGGACGCAAAAGCAUCGGCAAGCAAGUCAGUGGAGUUGGCCAUAUGCAAGCGUAAGAGAGCACAGUUACUGACGGAAAAUGCAGAUUUAGCCAUGUAUCGAGCCAUAAUGGCAUUGCGAAUCGCUGAUGCAUCUGAAAUUUUAGACUCGGAGCAAGCUGCUAAUCAUUUCCUUGACGAAAAUUGAAAACAUAACAAUCUUAUAGGUUUCAAAAAUAUGCUAAUUUUAGAGGGCAUUUUGUUUUUUUCUUUUUUUUUUUUUGCUUUUGUUUGCAUAAAGGAAAUGCAGCCUGGUAUUGGUUGUAUGUUUUUGAGGCAUUUGGGAUAGCCUUUAGAAAAUGUAUUGUAUUUUUGUAUAGAUCCUUUUUUUUGAGUAUUUUCUCAUGAUCUUAUGUACAUUGUGUUUCCUUAUCAGGACUCCCUGUAAUCAAUGUCCUUGAAAAAAAAAGGUAAAAGAAAAAGGAAAAGGAGAUGAAAAUGAAAAAGAAAAAAAAAAGGAAAAUUGAUAA